UGGAAAACGUUCUCCGCAACACUUGUUUACAUUUCACUUUUUGCUAGAGUUUCAUUGUUGUCCAGUAAGUGACACUUUUACCGAUGUGUUGUUUGUUUACGUACACUGCGUGUUUAAUGCACGUGUGACACUGCAUCAACAUGCAGUACGACACAGAAAGUUUUAACAAAACGAAGAGGAGCGUCAACAAUGGCAACAUUUCGCAAUCUUAUACACAAUGCAUGGAGAGAAUUUCAGGAAUCAAAGACAUCUUCGAUUUCAAAGUACCGGAAGAUGUGGUCAGAGUCCGUGAGACAAAAUGGGACGAUUUCUUUGAAAGAUACUCCAAGGAGGCGUCCGAUGAGAUAGAUUUGAAUGUUGAUAUUUUGGAACCCGAAGAAGAGGAGGAGGAGGAGGAGGAGGAGGAGAGCGAAGAAGAUCAUAGCUUUGGACAGAGAUUACCCAUGCGCACACCAACAAGCUUGAUACAAUACUGGAUAAACACCGGCAAUCCACCGUGCAAAGCACUUCUAGAUAAGAACGCGUUAUCCGAAUCUGGGUCUUCUUUAAGCGAGAAAGAACAUUCUUCGCUUCCAAACGCGAAACAUGAAAACAACAGACAAAAGAGCAAGACCGAUUCCUCAUGUAGUUCUGUCGACACGGCGGUUUACAUUUUGUCGAAUGCAAAUGUUACGAAGAAAGCGGACACGAUAGCCAUUAUAGCUGGCGCGGAAAAUGUCAAUAGCAAAUUGGCAGAGACCAGUUCCGUCGAGGAUGUAGAUACUAAUUCUAACGCUAAGACCAAGUAUAUAAAAUCUGCGAUCGGUCACGUGGCGCACGGUAAUAAGAAUAUUGACAUUUCAAGCAAUGACUUGUGUUCACUGUCGACAUUUAUCGCAUCCACAAGAAUACACGAUCGGUUGUGUAGCAGCAGCGUUGACAUAAAGGAUAGCUCUGAUAUACAGAGUAAAAAAACACUAUCUUGCAAAAUUAGUGACGAGGUAGAGGUGCCGAGUCGAAAGAGUGCGGGAACAGACGACACUGAGCGCAGCAUCGCUCAAUGCAUUGACAAAACAUCGGUAUCGGUUGCGAACCGUAAAACCAGUGACGGUUCAGCUACGAACAAAUUAUCAGAAGAUUCUCUGCGCGAGAAUCAGACAAAUGUCACCAACGAGGAAGAAAGUCCCUUCUCCCAUCGCAAGAAAUUGUAUACCGGCAGAGAUUCUCCAAUUGACUUACUGCAAACGAAAGUUCACAGUAUAAGCAGAUUAUCCGGCGUUUCUCAUCCCGCUUUAGAUCCCAACGAUAUCGUUAAGAAGAAAAUUUCCAAGAACAAAAGCAGAUCCUUUUUUAACGAACAUUUUCUCAAGACCGUAGCCUCGAAAGAGUUAGCCGAACCGGGGAAAAAGAAAGUCAGAAGAAAACGUUCGCCCGUCAAAAAUGUCGCGGAUUCUGGUAAAAAAGUCACGAAGCCCAACAAGAUUCAAAAUUCUACCGACAAUUCUUCCAAAUAUCCCGCAGAAUCCGAUAAUUCCGAUAGACAUCACAGUGUCACACUGUCAUCUCAAAGGCACGAUACAAAUGUUUCUACGAAAGAGUUAAUAACGAACAAACCAGAUUUAGCUUCCGUGAAUCUGAACCCGGUAGUUGUUCUGACACGGUUCGGGUUCUGCAACGAAUCUUCCAAGCACGUCGAAAAUAACGCGGGAAAAAGCGUUAAUGACAAACAUUCGCGCAAUAAAAUAACUGAGAAGCCGUUUGCUCGCGGAAUUGAAGAUCUGGACGGUGAAACGAUAGAAAGCGACGACAACACUAUUCUCAUUUGCGAAUGUGAGAAAACGUCGCGAAACACUUUGUUAUCAGAAAACUGUUCGAAGAAGUCGCGAGUCUCGAACGAGAUUGUUACCGUGCAGAAAAUGGCAUCGGAGAACGUGCGUUCUUCCAAUUCGCGUGACGAGAGCGAGAUAGAAUUUCGAGAACUCAGAGUUGUAUUGGAAAGAUUGUUACCGUCGGUGGUUCAAAAGUAUGCAAUGAAACAAUCAAAAGUCUCGCGCAAGGACACAGUGCGGCCAAAAGAAGCGUUGAAGCUUCCGGAGGUUAAGGUCAGAUUGGAACGAUUACCAGUCAAUGUGUAUCGAAAGAGAGACGAUAAUAUUGCAGAAGAGCAGAACUUGUCGGACUCGAGUAGUCCGCGUGAUAGCGAGAGAAAUCGAGUUCCGACUCGCGGGAAUGCGCGAAAGGUUAUGCGAGCUCGUGAAGUCAUCACCGACGAUCAGUCCGGAAAACUCGAAGAAAGUGACGAAACAAUGCGAGCUACCGAUGGCAUUGUUGAUAAACGCGUAAAUCGACUGUUUGACAACGCAGAAUCGGACUCUGCGCUUCGAUAUGACGCUAAUGACACUCGAACGAGUCAAAGUAAGCGACGUAAAUAUUCAAUAUUAAGUACGUCGUCGGAUGAGACCAGUCUUAACGAGUCGGUACAACCGUCUAAGAAACGUUCGAAAAUAUCGGGUAAAACAACCGAAAGAAGUUCGCGCGAUAAGACCGCAUUCGACGUAUUUGAAAGCAAGAGAAUCAUGCGCAAAGAUAAGAGAGUUCGCUUCUCAACGAGCGAAAGCAACACCAGCAGUCCUAAAGUGAACGGGAAAUAUAAGAAAACAUCUCCCUUCUUUGGCACGGAUACAACUAACAGCGUAAGUUCAGAUACAACGGAGAUGAACGGGAUGCGUUGUAAGGAUGACGUUGGUAUUGUGCUCUUUCAAACCAAGACGUACGAGACUGACUCGUCGGAUACUGAAAUUUACAAUUUGUCCGUUCGCAAGAGGUUCGCCAACAGGCGUAUUUGGAAGGAUUCAAGUUCGUUGAGUUCUGCCGAUGAGAAACAACGCGCCGCAAAUGGAACGUGCAAUAGAGAAAUCAGCAGCUCGAGUUCAGACGAAAAGAAGUCGCAUGAUGAUGAUUCCAAUAUUAUUGAUGCAAGGGAAGUACAAAGCGCGUCUAUUCCAAAGAAAACGUCAAGUGAUAAAGAAGAUGAUCUCGUAUCGAGAAGGAAGAAACUAUCUGAUAAAUCUGAGAAUGCGAAAAUCAGUCAACGGAACAACAGCGUCGAAUCUACGGAAGCAAAAUUGAUAACUUUUCAAACCAAAACUUAUUACGAUUCCGAUUCGAGCGAGUAAUUGUUUUUAUUUUUUUCUUCCACCAACUUUGUUGUGUAUGUUUGUACAAGAUGUUUGUAAAGAUACUUAAAAGUGUGUUUUUUUUUUAUACACACUCAAAGUUUUAUACGUUAAAUAUAAAAAACUCAAGUAUUAUACAUAUAUAUAAUAUUGUAUUUGUAUGUAGAUUAGUUAUAGAACUC